GCUCCCAGGCAUUUGCAACGCGGAACCAGCGGCAACCAUGCAAUUGUUGGCUUCGGUUUCAUGCCUGCUGGGGCUGUUGGCCUUCAGCCAUGCCGGCCAUGUAGAAAACAACAACAACGUCUGCACCGUCAAGGCCAACGGGGGCCAGCAAGACGAUGUGCCUAAUCUGCUGAAGGCAUUCGAGCAGUGUGGCAAUGGAGGCACCAUCGUCUUCCCUGAGGACCAGUCAUACUGGAUCGCGACAAGGUUGCAUCCGACGUUGAACAACGUGGCGAUCGAAUGGCGGGGGAAGUGGACGUUCUCCAACAACCUCACCUACUGGCGCAACAAUUCCUACCCCGUGGCCUUUCAGAACCACCACGCCGGCUUCAUUAUCAGUGGCCACAACAUCUCCGUCAAUGGCUAUGGAACCGGAGGCAUCGACGGCAAUGGCAAUGCCUGGUACUCAGUUGAGAAAAGCGACACCCAGCCCGGGCGCCCCAUGCCCUUUGUCUGGUGGAAUGUCUCCGAUGUCGUCGUCGACAGUUUCUAUGUCAAGGACCCGCCCUUGUGGAGUGUCAACAUCAUGAACGGGACCAACAUGCGCUUCAACAACAUCUACUGCAACGCCACGGCCGUGGAUGCCCCUUGGGGCGAUAACUGGGUGCAGAACACCGAUGGCUUUGACACCAUGGAUGCCGUCAACAUCCAACUCACCAACUUCGUCUACCAAGGCGGGGAUGACUGCAUCGCCAUCAAGCCCCGCUCCUACAACAUCGACAUCCAGAACGUCACCUGCGUCGGUGGCAACGGCAUUGCCAUCGGCAGUCUGGGCCAAUACUUGGAAGAUAGUAGCGUGGCCAACAUCCGCGUGGAUAAAGUCAAGAUCAUCCGCUACAACGAAGACAUGCACAAUAGCGCUUACCUCAAGACCUGGGUCGGAGCCCUCGUCCCCCAGAGCUCCUACGAAAGCGCCGGUGUCCCUCGCGGCGAUGGGUGGGGUAGUAUCCGCAACGUCCUCUUUUCCAACUUUAACGUCCAAGGCGCCAGCGCCGGCCCGUCCAUCAGCCAGGACAGCGGGGACAACGGCUCCUAUGCGGGAACGAGCAAGAUGUCUAUCUCUAAUGUCGCAUUUGUCAAUUUCACGGGUUGGGUGGAUACUGCGAAAUCGGUCGUUUCGACGGUUUCGUGCUCGGACGUUCACCCCUGCUAUAACAUUGACUUUGACAAUGUGGUGUUGUAUCCAGGGAAGAAUGCGACGACACCGGGGACAGGUUCUUGCAAGUAUACAGCAGACGGGGGAGUGCAUGGCUUGAGCGGGUGUUGAUUCUGCUGUGCAUUGUUCCUG